AAAACGUCCUCCUUUGCUGGCACUUUUAAAAUUCGAGAAAAUCGAGGAGGCAGUGGGUCACCGCCAACCUGACACGCCCCCGUUUCUCGUGGAGGCACAGGGAGGACCGGGACCGGGGGGGCGGCAGGAAAAGGCCAGACCGCUGCGUUGUGAUGGCGCUGUCAGCGUAAUUCCCUAUGCGGAAAGAGGCAUUUCCUUGUAAGUAGCCGCCGCCGUGUGUUCUCGCCUCCUUUGACAACGGAACGGUUUGUUUCUGCUCAAGUUUUUUUCUCUUUUUUUCUCCGAUCAUUUUAACUUUACUCGUACUCUUGCCCGUCCGCGCUUACCGUUUGGGCUACUUACCUUCUCUUUUUCUUCUUUUUUUUUACAGCUUUUUUCCUUGUCUCAUUUUUAGGCUGCCUACCGAUCUUAGAGGACCAACCCUUCCCUCGCUCCCCCCAUUCCCCCCCAACCCGCCUCGCGGAUAUGAAAGACACCACGCUGCUGCCGCCCCCUGAGGACGAACUUCCUCACCUAUGGCAGAAACCCACCUAUGAAGUGCUUCUUGCACGUCUCAAAAAGCUUCGCGUUGAGCCCCCGGUGUGGAAUUUGCACGUUUCGCGCACCCAGAUUCUCAAAGAACAGGCCGUCACAGCCCAUGACCGACGGGAAAUCGUCUCCUUCCUAUCCACCAUCAUCAAGAGCGGGUUGCCGUGGCUCGAUAGCGAUGAUGAGCGGGAGAUGGUCUGGGAGGAGGCCAGCAAGCGCAUGUCGGAGCGGUGUGGCCGGACAGCGAUGGGGGAGAUCACUCGGCGCUGGCCUUUUGAGAAUCACGGAGAUGGCGACUUCAGCCUAGCAAUUAGAGAGCCACCCCUGACUGGGGACUCUCUCGGCCUUAAGACAUGGGGUUCAUCGUAUGCGCUUGCUCGACUCCUCCAUGAGUUCACCACCGGUCCCCUAGCGCAUUUGUUCCUUCCUGGUGCACUUGCGGCGCCGCAGGAGGUCCUCGAACUGGGAUCCGGCACCGGCCUUCUAGGUCUCGCGGCCGCCUGCGUAUGGAAGACAAGUGUUGUCCUCACGGACUUGCCGGUCAUCGUUCCCAACUUGGCCCACAAUGCGUCUCUGAACCAGGAGGUCGUGGAUGGACGGGGCGGCAAAGUCGAAGUCGCUGCACUGACAUGGGGUGGUGGCAAGGACGACAUCGACCCGAUGUUCUGGGAGCUGAACCGUUACGAGCUCAUCAUUGUGGCAGACCCUCUGUAUGACGAUGACCACCCAGCGCUCCUGGCCACCGCCAUCGACGAGCAACUUGCUCUAAACCCGGAUGCAAGGGUUCUUGUCAUGGUGCCACAAAGGGAUGAGACUACCAAGGGGCUCCUCGGCAACUUGAGGGAGGAGUUGGCCCGGCAACCCAGCCCUCUUCUCUGCAUGAACGAGAACAUCGUGGAAGGGCAAGACGACUGGGGUGACGAGCACGACGACGACGAGAUGCAAGCCGUGGGUUUCUGGUGGGGCGUAUUUGGUCGGGGUCGGUCCGUCCUCAACUAGGCUCGCAUGGGUCCCGAUUGUGAAGCCCGGUCUUAUGUGUGACGAAAGCGUGGCGUUACGGGCAUGUUUAGUUUUAGAUGACGCCUGGAUUAGACGAAGACGGUCCUAGAGAAGGAAAGGGAGAAGAGCGGGAAGUAGAUCUACGGCUACCUACAUAGAGCUAGACAUACAAAUACAGGAUUUAGAGUAGGAGAAGUGACCAGAUCUACACGCCAGUAAAGCUAAGACUUGGUCUAGUUACUGGAGUGGUAGCGCCGGAGAAGAUAUCUGAGCUCGUUGUGGCUGCUAAAUAUAU